AUGUCGGCUUCCCGGCUCUUCCCACAGACGCAGAAAGCCUCUGACACUCCACGUGCAGCUCUGAAUCCCAGUGUCUACCCUGGCGACAUCACGAGCAAGGCUCACCCUCCUGAGUGGAAGAAAUUUAUGGAGAAGUUAUCACUAAAAUUAAAUGGUGGCAGACAUGUCCAAGGAAUAUUGUGGGGCUUUGAUCCCUUUAUGAAUCUUGUGAUAGAUGAAUGUGUGGAGAUGGCAACUAGUGGGCAACAGAACAAUACUGGAGUGGUGGUAAUACGAGGAAACUGUAUCAUGUUAGAAGCCCUGGAACCAGUAUGAACAAUGGCUGUGUUCACCAGAGAAAUCAACUGCUUCCACAU